UCUACCCUAAACAAUGACUUUUCUGUUUUAUAUUUGAAACUUUUUUGUCAAACUCUUGAUCACAUACACGUGCUUAUUUAAUAUUUCCCACCAGUAUCGGGAACAUAGUUAUGUUGUUAGGCACUUUUGGAGUACAACAUUUCAUCGAGAAAAUGAAUUCUCGCCGUCCAUUAAAGAAGCAUGUGAUGUGAUGAUGAAUGAGAGAUAAGAAACAUUGCCGAAAAUGGAUUGACUCCGGAGACGGUAGGGGAAAAAGCAAACAAUUUAAUUAGUCGAGCAGAGAGAAAGGCGGAGAAAUAUCUCUGGCCUUAGAAAGUUGAGCUGAAUCUCCCAAAAAAAGGGAGAGAGAGCAGAAAAUCUCUAUACCAAAUAGGCUGACUACCCACCAUUUGAAGAUGACAUUGGUUUCUCCUUCCAUCUUCUCUUUUUCUCCAAAACCACGACGCCCCUCCUCCCUCUUGUGCUGCAGCUAUUCUCCAACCCAAUUACAAUGGUGGCUCCGCCAAGGCUCUCACCCCCUCGUUCGCCCUCCUAUCUCCUCCCUGCCCUAGUCGCUUUAGCCCUUUUCACCCUCUUUUUCCUCUACAAGGUAGAUGACUUCGCAACGAGCAUCAAAACGAUGGCUGGCCACAACUUGGAGCCCACCCCCUGGCACGUUUUCCCGGCCAAGAGCUUCGACGAUGAAACCCGUCAGUCUCGAGCUUACAAGAUUAUACAGUGCUCCUACCUCAGCUGUCCUUAUUUCAAUAGAAGCAUCAUCGAACGACCUCAUUUUAGCUCCUCCAAACCCGCUGCUCAGUGCCCAGAAUUUUUCAGCUACAUCCACCGGGAUCUGGCGCCUUGGGCUAAAACCGGGAUAACAGAGAAUCAAGUCAUGGAGGCCAAGAACUUUGCGGCGUUCCGCAUUGUCAUCUUCCAGGGAAGGCUGUAUUUGGAUCCUUACUAUGCUUGCUUCCAAAGUCGAAUGAUGGUGACAAUAUGGGGAUUUGUACAGCUGUUGCGGAAGUACCCUGGCAUGGUUCCUGAUGUUGAUCUCAUGUUUGAUUGCAUGGACAAGCCUAUUCUUAACCGGACUGAACGCCAGUCCAACCCUGUGCCUCUAUUUCGAUAUUGCACUACUCGUGAGCAUUUCGACAUUCCUUUCCCAGAUUGGUCCUUCUGGGGUUGGUCAGAGAUUAAUAUUCGGCCAUGGAGCGAGGAGUUUCCGGACAUAAAAAAGGGCUCUCAAACUAAAAGAUGGCCGAAAAAGCAACCUCGUGCAUUCUGGAAGGGAAAUCCAGACGUUGUUUCCCCUGUUCGUCUAGAGUUGUUGCAAUGCAAUGACUCCAGGAAAUGGGGAGCACAAAUUAUGCGACAGGAUUGGGUGCAAGAGGCAAAAGAAGGUUUCGAGGCCUCCAAACUAUCAAAUCAGUGCAACUAUCGGUACAAGAUCUAUGCAGAAGGCUUUGCUUGGUCCGUUAGUUUGAAAUAUAUCUUAUCUUGUGGUUCCAUGACCCUAAUAAUUUCACCACAGUAUGAGGAUUUCUUCAGUCGUGGCCUCAUUCCCAAGAAAAAUUAUUGGCCGGUAUCUCCUGUCGACUUAUGUAAAUCGAUAAAGUCGGCUGUUGACUGGGGGAAUACACACCCAGCUGAGGCUCAAGCAAUUGGUCAAGCAGGACAGGACUUCAUGGCGAGCUUGAGUAUGGACAAAAUCUACGACUACAUGUUCCACCUCAUCACUGAAUAUUCCAAGCUCCAGAUGUUCAAGCCUGUCCCACCUCCCUCUGCGCUUGAGGUGUGUCCAGAUUCUGUCUUGUGCUUUGCUGACGAGAAACAAAAGUUAUUCCUUAAAAAAUCUACAACUUCCCCCUCAUUGGAGCCUCCCUGCAACCUCCCGCCUGUCGACGACAAUGCCAACAAGCGCUGGAUGGACGAGAAGCAAAAAUUGCAGGAGGAAGUUAGGCAAAUGGGGCAACAACCUAAACCAUGAUAGGAAUUUUGGUAGAGCAUGGACCUCUAUUUUGAAUUGUAAAAAUAGAACGAAUAAGAAAUGUAUGUUUUAAGUAAUUGGUCCUAAGAGAAAAUAUACGUGUGUGGAAUUUAGUAGAUUAGUGAUUAUCUUAGGCUGGUAACCAUUUUUUCUCAUUUUUUGUACAAGUGCCCCCAUUCAUUAUGAUAAUAAUCAUUUAGGUUUGCUUAAACACAAUUCAAUAUGUAAAAUUGUUUGUAAUUUUUUUAGGUAAAUAUUCUUCCAAGCUUAACCUGGUAGCACAAACUUUUUUGUGAUGACUGUUAUAUGACGAUAGGGAUGUAGGAGGGUUUUGUUUUUACAGAGUAUGUGUUGAGCGUUUGGAUUGCAUUCCUUCCUUAAGUGUGUGUAUCCUUGUUUUAGCGA